AUGUCCCCCAAAAUAACCCUCUACCGCGGCUUCCCCACCCCAGGGAUCUACACCUGGUCACCCUUCGUUACGAAACUGGAAGCCCGGUUUCGGUUCUCGGACAUACGCUACAGCACGGAAGGUGGAUCUAUUCGCGCUGCGCCGAGGGGAAAGAUACCCUAUAUUCGCAUCGAAAAACCAACCUCAUCUGGGGAAUCGACAACAGAGAUCCUUUCGGAUUCAACGCUUAUUACGCGGAGAUAUAUUGAAGAGGGGAAUUUUGAUGACUUAAAUGCCCAUCUGGGAGUUAAAGAGAGGAUGUUAGAUCGAGGUAUCACGUCAUUAUUGGAAGAUCGGGUUUAUUUCCUCCAGAGCCACGAGAAAUGGAUCGGCAAUUACUACACCAUGCGCGCCCACAUCCUCUCCUCUCUGCCUUACAUCCUCCAAGUUAUCGUUGGACAGCUCAUAUACCGAAAGCAGGUGAGUACGUUACACGGACAGGGGACAUCACGAUACUCCGAUGAGGAGAGAAAAGAAUUCAAAAGGGAGAUUUGGGGGGAGAUUAAUGCGGUGCUUGUUCAGGCGAGGGCGGAGAUGAUCACCAGGCAAGAUGGGGAUGGGCCGUUUUGGUUGCUUGGAGGUGAUAGGCCGAGUGAGGCUGACGCGACGGUUUUUGGGUUUGUGGUUGGGGCGGUGAUAUGUACUGCGUGUCCCGAGACGCAGGGGAUUGUGAGAGGGUUUCCGGUUGUGGUGGAGUAUGCGAGGAGGAUUCAUGAGAGGUAUUUUCCGGAGUAUCAGGUUUGGAGUGAUUUUUAA